UUGUUUCUGCACGGCAGUAAUACCCCGAACACCGCAUGUGCACUUGUGUGUUGACCUUUUUCUCCAUUCUCUGUAAAGAUUUCUCACUGUUUUGCGUGUAUGUAGAAGAUAUUAAAUCUCAUGUUUAAAGUAUAAAUAUGGCUCUGAAUAAACUACACAUCUAUCACCGGAGUAUGUUCAGGUGUCUCCAGGAUGUAAUGCCCCAGAGAUGUUUACUUGCUGUGUCAUCGUUUCACACUACAACCACUCAGUCAAACUCCAACAGAUGCUCUGUGGUUCGCUGUAGCAGACAGAAAUAUGAGCGCAUGUACCCAGUUUUGCUUGUGCGCCCGGACGGCUCCACCAUUAACAUCAGAUACAAAGAACCUCGGAGAAUUAUAAUGAUGCCUGUGGAUAUUACAAGUCUGUCAGAGGAGGAGAGAAAGGCCAGGAUGCGAAAGAGGGAUCCUAAAAAGGAAGUGUCUAAACGAAAAGAUGAUGAGUUUGAGGACGACUUCAAAGUUGAGGAUUACAGCAAGUUCUGGAAGAAAAUAUGAACAGACUGGUUUAUGUAUUUAUGUUGUUUCAAGUGUACUGGACUUCCAAUGUGACCAUUUUUUUCUUUAUUCUUUAUUUUUUCUCAUUAAAUCAAUAAAGAUUUACUAGCUUAA